AGAAGAAGAAGAAGCACGAUUCUGACUUCCGCCAUAGCUUGGUCGGUGUGAUCGUGACGUGUAGAACCGAGGAUUUCCUCAAAUUUUACAGCUAGGUCGCUAAUAGGAAGUUAGCCCCGUUUUGUCACCGAUAAUAUGAAGUGAUUUACAAAAGGCAAAUCAAAGCGAAAACUGUGGUCAGUAUCUUUGGAAGCCAUAAUGGCUCUCAUGGUCGGCGGAGGAGACCGACGGGCUGAUAGAAAUCAGGUGAUGUCCUUCUGCUUUCUGCUCUCCGCCGUGUUAUUGCUGUCGCUCGGAGUUGGUGCCGUUCCCGAGGAGAACCCGCCGGUCCAAGAGCAACCCCCACAAGAGAAAGCAGCAAGUCCCCAUCCAAUAGGCCCAGCAGUUUCUGAAGAUGUCCCCAAAGAAGGAAACACGGGUUUCAUCCAUGCCUUUGUGGCCUCUUUCUCUGUCAUCAUUGUCUCUGAGCUGGGAGACAAGACAUUUUUCAUUGCAGCCAUCAUGGCCAUGCGUUACAACCGCCUCACUGUGCUGACAGGUGCCAUGCUGUCCUUGGGAGUGAUGACUUGUCUUUCUGUGCUGUUUGGCUAUGCCACCACCGUCAUCCCUAGAAUCUACACUUACUAUGUGUCCACCGCUCUGUUUGCCAUCUUUGGUAUACGCAUGCUGCGAGAGGGGCUGAGGAUGAGUGCCGAUGAAGGCCAGGAGGAGCUGGAGGAGGUGCAGGCAGAGAUCAAGAAGAAGGAUGAAGAGCUCCAGCGGUCCAAGCUGGUUAAUGGGGCUCCAGAUGUGGAGGCUGGAUCAGGGGCCGCCAUGCCUCAGGGAAAGUGGCACAGCUUCAUCUCCCCCAUCUUCCUCCAGGCCCUCACCCUCACCUUCCUGGCAGAGUGGGGGGACCGCUCGCAGCUGACCACCAUUAUUCUAGCUGCACGGGAGAAUCCAUUUGGAGUUGCAGUGGGUGGUACAAUUGGACACUGUUUGUGUACAGGACUGGCUGUGAUAGGGGGGAGAAUGAUCGCCCAGAAAAUAUCUGUCAGGACAGUUACAAUCGUCGGAGGGAUUGUUUUUCUGGCGUUCGCCCUCUCGGCCCUGUUCAUCAAGCCAGACGCUGGAUUGUAAUCGGACGAGACUUUCAGGUUUUCUCUGUACAUACAUGUAAAAUGUGGAGUUGCUGUAGACAGACUGUAGUUUUGACUCUGUGUGUGUGUGUGUGUCCUGACAGACGACGUGACGGGCUUAACAGAAAGCCAAAGUCCCGCCCUCUUCUCCUAGCGAGCCUCUGUUCCCCUGCAGUCCGUAACUCAACGGGUUUUCUUGUGGAGGUCGAUCACUUCAACAUUAUUUUUGAACGCCUCUGAACAGCCACACACGGGUUUUUCAGUUCUUCUGGCUUGAUUACUUUUCUCAGGUUGUAGGUGGGAUUCCUAUAGCUUCGAUAGGUCCCAAAUUCUUUCAGCCAAUAAGGAUGAUUAAGGUGUCAUUUGUCCCGCCCUAACAGGUGCAACAACACUAAGGCUACGUUCAGACUGCAGGCCGUAAUGCUCAAUGCCAGAUCCUUUUUUUUUUUUUUUUGUUGUUUUUGACUGACAUUUAUUUAUUUUUUAAAUGUGGCCCGCAUCAGACUCAACUGGGCAUGAUCUGACUGUCCAGACUGAGCUCGCAUUUAAAAAAGAAUCUGACCUGUAACGGAUUUGGAAAAGAUCAGAUGCCUUGUGACGGUUCACUGUAAUGAAAAACAAUCAUAUCUGAACAAAAAAAAAAAUGGAUUUGGGUCACUUUGGCCUGCGGUCUGAACGCAGCCUGAAAGUGGACUCUGGAAGAUGUCAAUCACUCAGUCUAACCCCGCCCACGCAGUCCUGGAAAAGGUCCAAUCAGCCACACCGACUCUAAACACCUGUGUGGGGGUGUUCAGGGCCGUGCACAUCAAAGCCUCAGGGAGGUGCAGUUGUUGAAUGUCAACUAGUCCGUGUUUUCUCUCAAGUACAGAAGUUGGAUUGGCAUUGAACUCGAAGCAGAAAGCCCCGAGUACUUCCCAUAAAGCCGCGAUGAGAAGACACCGUUGAGUUAGAGAGGAGGGGGGGAGGGGGAGGCCAUCAGGGCUGCGUGCUCCUCACAAGUUGUGUGAGAGAAAGAAGGCGGGGCCGUUACCGACCGCCGCCCUCCAAGCCAUCUGUCAAAGGUUCUGGGGCUCGUAAACAGACCUGACGUGCAGUACUUCCCUCACACUCAGCCAUCUGUUAGACACUCAGUCCGUUUAAAAAAACUUUUCCUUUCUUUCUUGUUUUUAAAUGUUAGUGUUUUGUGGCUGGUGUUACUUGGUUGGGUAACACUUUACUUGAAGGUGUCUACAUAAGAGUGACAUGACACAGUCAUGACACAAGAAGCGGUAUGUCAUAAACGUUUAUGACUUGUUUAUAAUGUUUAUGACAAGCCCUGAUGCGGCGACUGUAAAACGGCCCUUAUGUAGAUACCUUCAAGUAAAGGGUCACCCUUGGUUGUUUAUGCCAUCUUCCUCUCUGGGUGACCUUUUCUUCCACACUAUAUUUAAAUCCCAUAAUAAGCGGGCCUACUUUACGUAAGAUUGAAAAUUUCCCAGUGUGAGGAAUAACACUGAGAUCUGAUUUAAACGUCAUCGAUACAGUUCCUUCAGUUAACCCUGCGUUUCACAUGGGAGCAGUCUUUUGAGGAGACGGAGACGUAAACCACUAGAAUACCUCUGCGUCCAGGUGGAGCCACGCCUACAGUAUGUCGGGGUACCUGUAUAGGUCCAGUGCCCAGAGAACUACAAAACGGCCUAACGCAGUUUACGUGCACCUCCUUUUUUUAAAUCACACGUUGGAGAUGUUUACUGAUCCCAGUGCUUCACAUGUACUGGUUCUAGUUCCAGGUGCCGAUAGUGAACAACACAUGGAUCGAGUUGAAGAAACUCCUCCUCGGCGAUUAAAGCCAUUACGUACGGACCGGCGUGGACCUCGCUGCCGACCGCUGUCGUUUCACAAAAUCAAUGCUUCAUCAUCGGGUACAAAAUAAAUCCAAUACUACUGUCCUUUAUCCUACUACAACUGUCCAGUACAAGUCACUACCUUUGCCAUAAGCAGCUGUGUUGUAGCUACAGCGACACCUGGACACGGCAAUGGAAUUCAAGCCUACGUUUCACCUUUUUUAGUUAGUGGUAUCUAUUUAUUUAGCUUCAUUUUCUUUCCUUUUUAAGCUAUAGUACUGUAGAAACAUAAAGGGCGCCAGAAGCAGAGGAAUGGAACAGAGGAAAGGAAUGGAAAUAUAUUUUUUAAUGUGAACAGACUGAAGCUGCAUUGUCAAUAUUUGACAGGCUGUGCCCAGCUGUGAAAUACUUGUUUGUGAUACAGGUCGGUUGAAAUGCCUAUGAAUCUAAAACACUCAAUAAAACAUGUUUUCAUGUGUAGUCUGAUUUCCGGAACAAA